AUGACCUCCAGGAAUCCCGAAAACGGCCAAGGAUCGGAUGGUUCCCAUUUCCAAGUGGCCCAAACAAGGAUGGCCGAAUCAACCGAGGAAAAUGAAUUUAUCAAACCAGAAAUGGGAUUGUUUGGAACGGAGUUGUUCAAGUGGCGUUGGUGUGUUUUCUCGAGAGCUUGUCCGCCCGUUUUGUGGAGUGAGUCAACGAGGAAAUGGACAAGAUCGAGAUGU